UCCAGCGGCCGCUGUGCCAGCUCGCUGUGCGCCGGGCCAACGCGGGCCAGCCAAUUCUCCCCAUCACCACACCCACGCCCUUCAUCGGCCUCUGUACAUGUAUUCACACCAACUCUCUUUCUCGCAGCGCGCCCGGCACGAGAACGCCUCGCCAGCGGGCCCCCUCGACCCUUCGCGCUGCCAGCGACGGUUCUGCCGCAGCGGGUCUGUAUUCCAGGCGAGCUAUGUGAACGCCUAUGACGUUCCGUUUGGACGCAUUCCACGCUUCAUAUCGACGAAGACUUCGCAGCAGUCAAGUGACAACCCGUGCCGAGUCUGCAUUCAGCCCGCCCUUCUUCCGCCGGCCUGUGGUACUUAUCGUCGUCAAGCAAUCCCAAUGGGCGUGGCAAGUGUUCCGCGCAGUACCGCUGACCAAACCUACGCCUCAUCUGCAGGCUCAUACCGCGCCUGCUCUGAUAGAACGCAAACCGAGCUCAACCAGCUGGUUGAUCAUAUCACCAUGUGUGGCCCGCAGAUCGAGAGGCUCGAGCUCGGGCAAUGCGCAAGCCAGCGCACCUACCCGACCGGCACCGGUCGCCGCACUCUGUCAGAGGUGAGAACUGGCCGAGAUCGUGCCUCUCCUCGGAUAGUACCAUCGCGGACAAGACGCGCUGUACGCAUACAGGCUGGUAAAUAUGGAUCUUCUCAGGUCGAGCUCCGUGGCGCACUGAUGAACUACGUAAUCCCUCGAGCGCAGGGACGCGAGGUCUUCGCAGUGGAUGUCAACAUCGAGGGGUGGCCCGGUCCAGGCAUGUUUCCGGUUGAGGCCACGGCCUGCUGCUUCCUAUGGUGCACAAGACCAAUACAAGACUACGGCGCGAGACCGGCCAAGGGCGAGCUGAUCCACGAUACGCCUUCGUCCUGGACGUUCUAUAGCUCAAGACUCAGUCAUGUGUCCUUGCCUAUCCAUUUCAGAUACAAUGUCGAGUGAUGGCGCAUGCGCUAGUGUGCUCGUCAAUCCGGAGGGCGAUAUGAAGCACACGCAUGCAGUAUCCAGCCCCUGCCCCGGGGAUGGGCGAGGUAGCCCUGGUGAGGUGAGCCUAUCUUCGGUGAUACCCAAGGCGCCAUGCACCAGAGUCAAUGUGGGAGAACAGUGCGCAUGAGUGGGAUCGUCAGGGCGAGCGAGAUCUGCGCUGGCCACGCAUCUGCCAGCACGCGCUCGAGAUCCCGUCAUACGUACAUGGGAUCUGGCACUCCUGGGCUGUGACGGCAUCCGGGACUUAUCUUUGAGGAAUAUA